AUGGCUGGUUUCCAGAAUUCAAAUAAGCUUUUUACCGAUUCAUCUAACAACAAUACUGCAUUAACAACUGCCAGCGCUCACUACACUCAAACGAAACAACACCCUUCCACGCCGACUUCUCCGGCUCCUUCACUCUCAAACACCAAGACGACGACGCCAGGCAUCAAAACCGAAUCUCGAAUUUCCUCCUCUAACACCACUACCUCCACCACGACGACGAAUACUCAAACCUCGAAUAAUACCACCUCCAGCAACCCAAACUCACCCGCUGGUUCACGUUCAUUAACCUCGACAGCUACUCAAACUAGUCCUGCUUCCUUGCCUCACUCCGCCUUUUCUCCUUAUAAUCAAAUUCCACAGCAACAACAUCCUACUCCCGUAACAACUCCUACUGCGACAAAGAACUCCAUUUCUUCACAACAAGAAGCUUCCACAAUGAUGACUACUUCUCACUUGGACAACAGCGGCAGCACCACCUUGAUCUACCCACCUCAUACACAUUUCGCAAACCCAACCACACACCCAUUUUGGCCAAACCAGUGGGGUUUUAAUGGUGCGAAUGGUACCACGGUUUUAUCGGCUAAUGGUGGUAGCGCUUUUGUUCCUGCUGUAGGUUAUAGCCCUGCAACUUCAAAUAUUGCUCCAGGUCAUGCUCCAAGACCAAAGCUUACCACAACCAUAUGGGAAGAUGAGGGAACGUUGUGUUAUCAAGUUGAUGCUAGAGGUAUCUGCGUGGCGAGACGACAAGAUAAUGAUAUGAUCAACGGAACAAAACUUUUAAAUGUUGUCGGUAUGUCACGUGGUAAACGUGAUGGUAUCUUAAAGAAUGAGAAAGGAAGGGUGGUGGUCAAAGUUGGAGCUAUGCAUCUUAAAGGUGUUUGGAUUACUUUUCAGCGCGCGAAAACGCUCGCAGCACAAUUCAAGAUCAGUGAAUUGCUUUAUCCAUUGUUCGUGGAUGAUCCUAGUAUCUUCUUACACAACUCAUACGGUCCCCCAAUGUCCACAAGAAUCCCAUCAAUAGGUGGAGGUCCCGCUUCACAAUGGAGACCCAACCAUCCAUAUGCAAACAAUUUUAAUAAUGCAGCCCCGUAUUCAGAACCAACCCGACAAUGGUAUCCUUAUGGAAAUGGUAAUCUAAUGGGAUCACCUUCUACACCACAGGGCCAAGAGCAUGGUUCGGCACCAUAUCCACCAAAUUCAGGCUAUCCAGAUCGUUCCGCUAAUGUGGCAACACCACCUGCUGUACCGAUAUAUUCAUCUCAUCAUCCAACGAGAAAUCACAACGCUCAUCCCCAAGCUCAUCUUGAGGAGUACGAAACAAGUUAUGGCUUGAUAAAUGGACAGUCUCAAGGACAGCAAGGAGUUACUGUGGUAUCGGGUCCGGCGGUGAGUAGUUAUAAUCUCUCACCUACCGAAUUCAAGAAUUCAUCGACGGCUGGUUUUUAUGCUAUCCCACAAAACCCGGGGUAUUUUGCUCAGCAAAGACCAACACCACCACCGUCUACUUAUGACGUUUCCAUUAAUCGAAGUAGUACUAACUCCCCAAAUUUAUAUAAUACCCACGUAAAGAAUGAGGAUAAUAAUGCUAGUAACGGUAACGGUUACAUACGAUCCGGCCAAGGACUUUAUAAUCUUGGUUCAGCUGCCGAUGGUGUUGUAGGAAGUCCCGCUCAAGGUGGUUCACCUCAACUGAUUGGUCAAAAGCGUAACUACGUUGAAGAAGAAGGCGAUGAUUAUAAUACCGUUAAUAAUUCAAGUCAGCCAAGUCCACCGCUUGCAAUGCAUCCUCCACCUCCAAUGAGCAGCAUCGCUGUCAGUACUGCAAUGAAUGUGGCCGCAGGUUCUUUCCCAAGCCCAAUGCAUGUGAGCCCAAAUUCAUCCCCCGGAAAUUCAGCCUUCACUGGAUGGAAUCAUUCCGGUAAACGUGUAAAAUACGAACAAUUCCCCGAGGCCACAACUCCAUCAUCCGCUCAAUCUUCACCACGCACAGCUGGAUAUCAGUUACCAGUCUUAGGAACUGGGCCAGCGACUCCAGGUGCAAACCCUUCUACUCCACAAGGUUAUACCAAUAGUAAUCUUCAAAUGGUAACAAAUGCACAAGGAAGUCCGCACCAUUACACAUCGGCUACCAACAAUAAUGGAGGUCCUGCAACUGGAACAACAACGCCAACCACCGAAGGUUUGGAUCGUUAUUUCGAACAGAGCACCGUAUUACACACUCCAUCACCUGAUAGCGGUGUCAGUACACCCGCAGAAGAGUCAAACUCAAUUAGUGCUCGACGUUACGAAUAUCGAAGGGACGAACCUCCUGCAACCGAAGAACUUACUGGUAAUGGCGGUUGGGAAUGA